AUGCCGACCUACGCUCUCUUGGGAGCCACAGGCUCAACAGGGUCAGCUGUUCUGCGAUGUCUGCUCUCCGACCCAGCACAAACGACAGACAAAAUCACCUUGAACAUCUUCAUCCGCUCGAAGUCGAAACUCAUGAGACUCUUCCCGGACAUUCAAAGUACGACGAGAUCGAACAUCCACAUCAACAUCAUCGAAAGCACACCAGACGAUACACCAGGCUUGCAGAAGGCUCUCAGGGAUGCGGAGAUUAUUUUCCAGUGUAUUGCGGCUAAUGAUGUGACGCCCAAGGUUUCAGUGGCCGAGGACACGGUGAAGGCUGUGUUGAAAGCUAUGAGAGGUUUGCAUGAGGAGCAAGGCGAGGGGUAUGUGACGCCUGCUGUGUUGCAGCUUAGGGCGGCGCCAUUGAAUGAAACCUUCAGCCAUCAAUCUCCCUGGUUGAUCGAAUCCAUGAUCAAAUUCGCCCUGCACUAUACAUACUCCGACAUCCAACGAGGCUGUGACCUCUUCGUCUCCGCCAAGAAGAUGAAUCCAACUCUUCUGGGUUACAUCUUCGUCGACACAGGUGCUGUACAUGAUGCGGAUGGAACGGAAUGUACAGGUCAUCGACUAACGAUCGAGGGGCCGUUGGCACCUGCUAUUAGUUAUGCGGAUACUGGGGCGGGGAUGUGUGAGAUUGCGAGGAGGGUGGAGGAGUUCAAGGGGUUGGGGGUGGGGAUUGUGGCGACGGGGAGGGUGAGGUUGACUUGGGGGACGAAUGCUUAUUAUCUUGCUAUGGGGGUCAAGGCGAGGAUUAUUGGGUAG